AUGCUUCUCCCAUCAGUUUUUCAAUCCGACCGUGGAUUUCAUUUCGAUUCGACAAGACCGUUUUGCUGUUUACAAUGUAAACCCUCCUUUACGUUGUCCGGGAGCAGACGCGUCGAGUGGAAGCUGGAAAGGGGUGUGGCUUACUACCCUGCCGUGCGCCGUACCGUGACGCCGCAGCGAGGUACAGCACUCACACGUUUCAGUCUUCACUACUUUUUUCAGUGGUGGUGUUCACUAUAGGGUUCUCGAUUGUGUCUCAGUGGUGCUUUAGUGUUGUGAAGUGAGUGUCAAGUGCCUCCAAAG